CGGUCACUGCUGCCUGCUCCAGCCAUGGAAGACGACCUCGACCUCCCCCUCCCCCCACGGGUGACGACAAACGCCCAUAUCCCAAGCUCACCUCCCCCAUUCACUUCAUUCACACCCCUUCACUCACGAUACCGCGACACUUCCCCUACCUCAAGCGAACCUGCGCUGUUCUCGAGCGACGGUCCCUUGGACUCGGACGUGACCAACUAUGAGUCUCCGCGCGAGAAAAAGAAGCGCGCCGGUCCGUGGUAUAAGAGCGAUCCAUACCGCCGACCCUUUGCGCGCACAAAAAAGGCUAAAAUCUCCCGCAACUUCGACAGCGGGGUGUAUAUGCUGAGCAGCGACAGCAUCGACACGAGUGACUUGCUAUCCGACCCACCUCUGCCACCCCCCGCGUUAAAGCCCGAGACUGCCGUAGUCCAGUCAGAGCCCACUGCCGUAGAUCACCUCUACCACCGUAUACACCAAACACUCGAGAAGAUGGACAGACACCCGAGCAUUGUGCUUGAGGGGCUUGGCCUCACUGAUGCAGAUCUCAAGCCCAUCAGCGCUCUCAAGCAGAUCAUACACCAUCCCCCGGACGCCAGUGUUGAAGUGCCCGUCGAAGGCCAAUAUAGAUCUUUCCUGCCCGAGCUUUACCUCUCUCUCGCUCGCAAUUCAUUGAGAAGUUUGGCACCGUGUCUCUUCGAAGUGGACCAAAUCACCACCCUGAUCCUCCGCGAGAACAACAUUACCUCUCUACCUCCACAAAUCGCAAAGCUUCCGAACCUCCGCACACUCGACGUGUCUCAUAACCGUUUGACCUACCUGCCUGUAGAACUCUUAGCGCCCUACCAGAAUCGCCGACAAUUCUCUCUCGUCCGAUUCGGCAAUCCCUUGGUCUAUCCGCGCCUGAAAGAGUUCCAUACGCAGCGAAAUAUGUUCUCGCUCUACCAUGACGGAAUCAAAUCCGCCCAACCUUCCAAUCGUCAGAAGUUGUUGAACAGGCUAACGCCAGUUGAAAAGUUCGAGGUGGCUUGUUUUUGCAGGAACUGGGAGCUUCUGUCUUCACGGGGGGAUCUCCUUCAUCAUUUGCAUUGUCCGGGGGCCCCUCUACAUACUGGUCGUAGGGUGUGGGUUAGAUCUGGUCUAAGAACCGCCGAGUCAUCGCGCUUCAACGACACUCAAAACCAUCCGUUAUUGGCGGCAUAUAGCGCCCCAACCUACUUCGACCAGAACGGCAAUGCGCUCAAAGGGUCGGUCCUGUCGACCCCCAAACAACCUGACCCAGCCUACAUCCCCGCCAUCGUACCCGCAACGCAACUGGGCACAUACGGUGUCCGCGCAGACUGGUUCUCCCGCCCCUCCUCCAACAAGGUCAGGUCUCUUCUGGACACGACCCUCAUCAAGGCGCUGCACGAGGCCCCCGUGGCCGACAUCAAGACCUGGCUCGGCGACGAGAUUGGCCCGACCAUCGAGAAGCACCUCGGCAACGCCGAACAGAACCUCGACACCAUCUGGUCCCCUUUCCGGCAGUGCCACUGCUGCGGCAAGGACUACGUCAUGGUCCGCGCCGAGUGGUACGAGUUCUGGAACGAGCUCGGCAGCAAUCCCUUUCCCGUCAAGCUGAUGGUUUGCUCUUGGGCAUGCGUGCCAAACAUCAUCGCCAACCGCCCACAAAACCUCAUGGACAUGAACGGAGAGGACUUCAUCUAA